AUGUGUGAGAAAGAGAGUGAAGUCGAACAGGAAGAAGAUGUCAAGGCUAAAAAUCAAGGAGCUUCUCAAGUCAUCCAUCCUUCACCACCAUUUCCCCAAAGGCUCCAAAAGCAAAAACUUGAAAAGCAAUUUCAGAAGUUCCUCAAUGUCUUCAAGAAAUUACACAUAAAUAUCCCUUUUGCUGAAUCUUUGGAACAAAUGCAUAGUUAUGUCAAGUUCUUGAAGGAUUUCUUCUUCAAAAAGAGAAAGCUAAGUGAGUUUGAAACUGUCUCCCUUAUAAAAGAGUGUAGUGCAAUUCUCCAAAAUAAACUGCUACAAAAACUCAAAGAUCUAGGUAGUUUCACAAUCCCUUGCACAAUUGGUAAUUUAUUUUUUACAAAAGCUUUGAGUGAUUUAGGUGCAAGUAUCAAUUUAAAGCAUUGGUCAAUUUUUGAGAAACUUGGCUUGGGGGAAUGCAAACCCACUUCUGUUACUUUGCAAUUGGCUAAUCGUUCUUUUGUGUACCUAAGGGGAAUUAUUGAAGAUGUUCUUGUCAAGGUAGAUAAAUUUAUUUUUUUGGUUGAUUUUAUAAUUCUUGACAUGGAAGAAGAUAGGCAAAUUCUAAUCAUCCUUGGGAGGCCAUUUUUAGCAACUGCUAGGGCUUUCAUUGAUGUUAAAAAAGCUUCUUUGACGCCAACUUCUAAGCCUUCCAUUGAGGAGCCACCUACUUUGGAACUCAAACCUCUACCUGCAAACUUGAGGUAUGCUUUUUUUGGAAAAUCUUCUACUCUUCCAGUUAUUAUUUCUGCUACUCUUACUAACAUGCAAGAGGAGAAGUUGUUGAGGACACUUAGAGAAUUCAAGAAAGCAAUAGGAUAG